GUUUUGCCAGUGCUCAGGCUUGCACCAUCCUUGCACCAGACCUUACCACGCUCGCUUGCUCUCUCCCCGCUUGGCUCAUUGCUCGUCUGGCUAGGGACCGACGCUCGGCGCUGAUUGUGUUGUUUCACUUGGAGGAUCGCACAUACAAGUCGGGACAGCCACAGAGACAUUGACAUUGACACACGCACGCGCGCGCCAUGUCCAAGAUGAUCAUUGACUUGACGGCGGGGACGGCAGGUGGGAUUGCGCAGGUUCUGGUCGGCCAGCCGUUUGACAUCGUGAAAGUGCGCAUGCAGACCGCGUCGAAGGGCACGUACAGCGGGAUGCUCCACUGCGCGGGUGGCAUUCUCAAGAACGAGGGUCCGCUCGCGUUCUACAAGGGCACGCUGACACCGCUGCUCGGCAUCGGUCUCUGCGUGUCGAUCCAGUUCGGCGCGCUCGAAUGGUCGAAGCGCGUCUUCGCACAGCAAAACGUCGCACACGGGCUCGGCGGACCCGGUGGCCAAACGCUCGACGGCACACAACUCGUCUUGGCCGGCAUGUUCGCGGGCGUCGCGAACAGCGUCGUCUCGGGGCCCGUCGAGCACAUCCGUAUCCGUCUGCAAACGCAGUCUGCAACAAAUCCGAUGUAUGCGGGCCCGUGGGAGGCGAUCCGGAAGAUCUACACGGCGCACGGCGUGGCGGGGUUGUACAAGGGCCAGGUAGUGACGCUCUGGCGCGAGGCGCUCGGGUACGGCAUGUACUUUCUCGCGUACGAGAAGCUCAUGCAGCGCGAGAUGGCGCGCAAGGGCAUCGCCCGCAAUGACGUCAAUCCCGCGAACGCGGUCCUCUUCGGUGCUGCGGCGGGCUAUGCGCUGUGGGCGGUGAUCUACCCGAUCGAUAUGGUCAAGUCGCGGAUGCAGACGGACGGGUUCUCGCCGGCGGAGGGCCAGAAGUACCGCUCGACGCUUGAUUGCGUGCGCACGGUGUGGCGCACGGAGGGUAUCGGUGCGUUCACGCGCGGACUUGGGCCCACGCUCAUCAGGUCACCGUUUGCGAACGGCGCGACGUUCCUUGGGUUCGAGAUGGCGAUGCGACUGUUGACGCAUCAUAAUGAAUACCCGUGACGAUGAAUGGGGGGACUGCUUGCUUAAUUUAUACGUAUGUGCGUGAGGGCUGGGUGGUGAUUGUAUAUACCACAGAGCGAUCGCUGCUGAUCUCAAAAGCCACGGUGGAUGUAGGGCAAUACUUACCACACAUUGGGUUACUCCUUUGUUUUUGAUUUUGGAAAUGAUAGAUGGCCGGUCGAUUGCGUUGAGUGUU